AUGCAAGGGCAGAUGGGUGAAGCAACGAUUCGUGAGUUUGAGGAAAGUUCAAUUAGGCGCGAAGAUCCCGGACACGUGGGGCGCUUCAAAACGAAAAUCAACAAAUCACUGACUGUGUUCCAAGUUGCAACCAAAAUUAACAACCUUCUUCCUGGUGGAGCAUGGAAACCAAAGAACUGCUUUUCCCGAACUCGGCUGGCGGUCAUCAUUCCAUACAGAGACCGAGAAUUUCACCUGACUUUACUUCUCAGUGUUCUACACCCAUUGCUUCAAAGGCAGAUGAUAGACUACAGGAUAUUCGUAAUAGAACAGGUGCCAGUUCGAAUGCGAGCUCACUUCAACUAUGACCCCUUCAAGGACACCCUUAUUCCCUGUCGAGAAGCGGGACUGCCCUUUAAGAAGGGGGACAUCCUGCACAUAGUGGACCAGACUGACCUGAACUGGUGGCAGGCCAGGAGGGAGGGGGACAAGAACAUGAGGGCAGGACUCAUACCUGGGAAGCAGUUACAGGAAAGAAAAGAGGCCAUGAGACGGACAGUUGGCACAUUAGAUGGUGGAUUGUACAGAGAGAGGGAGAACAAAGGCAUCAGGAGUUCAACAAUGAAUGGCUCUUUGGAUAGUAGGAAAGCAAGGAAAACCAAGAAAAUUAUGUACCAGUCUGAGAAUAGCUCUGAUUUUGACAAUGCUGAAAUUAUCACCUAUGAAGAAGUUGAAAAAUAUUAUCCAGAAUCUGGCAGAUACAGACCAAUUGUACUCAUUGGGCCUCCUGGUGCUGGGCGAAAUGAAUUGAAAAGACGUCUUAUAACUUCCAACCCAGAACAUUUCUCAGCCACAAUACCACACACUUCUCGUUCCAAGAAACCAUCCGAAGUGGACGGUAAGGAGUAUUAUUUUGUCUCCAGAACAGAAAUGGAUAGGAGAAUAGCAGAAAGAAGAUUUGUGGAGUAUGGAGAAUACAAGGGCAACCUGUAUGGUACUAGUAUAGAGAGUAUAACCAGUGCUCUCAAUGCAGGGAAAGUCUGUGUACUCACACCACACCCACAGGCACUGAAAAUGUUGAGAAGUGCAGAGUUAAAGCCCUACGUGAUCUUUAUCAAGCCUCCCUCCAUUGAGAGGCUUCGAGACACAAGACUGGUCCCUACCACCAAAGGCAAUACAGAUAAUGGAAUGAUACAGAAGACAUUUUCAGAUGAAGAACUCCAUGAAAUGAUUCUAAAUGCAUCCAAGAUUGAAGAAAAUUACAGUCACUUUUUUGAUAAAACAAUAGUCAAUGAUGAACUUACUACAGUGUUCACUGAACUUUGUGCUGCCGUGUACAGAAUUGAGCAUGAACCCCAGUGGGUGCCCAUCUCAUGGGUACGGUGACAUGACAGAACAGGAACCCCAGCGGGUGCCCAUUUCAUGGGUACAGUGGCAUGACAGGACAUGAACCCCAGUAGGUGCCCAUUUCAUGGAUACAGUGACAUGACAGAACAUGAACCCCAGUGGGUGCCCAUCUCUGGGUACAGUGACAUGAAAGAACAUGAACCACAGUGGGUGCCCAUUUCAUGGGUACAGUGGCAUGACAGGACAUGAACCCCAUUG